CCCAGGAGACUGGCUGGAAUCAGUUUUGGAGGGUGAUGCACCGCGACAGCUAAAAGUUGGAUAGGGUUUCAGCAGCUCCUAUAUAAAGCAGGGGGGGACUUAUGUCACUGCACUAAUUAAAUUCCAUCUGGGUUGUUCCUCAGGGUGUUUUUGAGCCUGGCACCCAACUCAAGCAGGCAGAGAGGCCGAGGGACAGCAUGAUGAUGGACCUUUUUGAAACUGGCUCCUAUUUCUUCUACUUGGACGGGGAGAAUGGAGCCCUGCAGCAGCUGGAGAUGGCCGAGGGAUCCCCGCUGUACCCAGGCAGCGAUGGUACCCUGUCCCCCUGUCAGGACCAAAUGCCGCCAGAGGCCGGCAGUGACAGCAGCGGAGAGGAGCAUGUGCUGGCACCCCCGGGACUACAACCCCCUCACUGCCCCGGCCAGUGUUUGAUCUGGGCUUGUAAAACUUGCAAGAGAAAGUCAGCCCCCACGGACAGACGGAAAGCAGCCACCCUGCGGGAGAGGAGGAGACUGAAGAAGAUCAACGAAGCCUUCGAGGCUCUGAAAAGGAGGACUGUGGCGAACCCCAAUCAGAGGCUACCCAAGGUGGAAAUCCUGAGGAGCGCCAUCAGCUACAUCGAGAGGCUGCAGGACCUCUUGCACAGGCUGGAUCAGCAGGAGAAAAUGCAGGAGAUCGGGGGGGACCCCUUCAGCUUCAGCCCCAAGCAGGGAAAUAUCCCCAGUUCAGACUUCCUGAGCACCUGCAGCUCCGAUUGGCAAAGCGUUUCUGACCAUUCCCGAGCCCUAGGAGUCAGCCCCAAGGAAGGAGGCUCCAUCGUCGAGUCGUCGGCCUCCAGCAGCCUUCGCUGUCUCUCUUCCAUUGUGGACAGUAUUUCUUCCGACGAGCCCAAACUACCCAGCGUGGAGGAAGUGGUGGAGAAAUAAAUCCGGUUGCUCUGGUCACAGCCACGUUUCUGGAAGGUCUCGCCCUUCGCGGCCGGCACUAGCACGGGUACGUCCGUCUGAAGGGGAAGCUCCUGAGAGAGGCGGCCCUGAGAGCUGGCUCUCCCAUCGCUGUGCCCUCCUUCCUCCCUUUUUGUGCCACCGCGGCCAAACUGUUUUUUAAAAAGGUUAAGUACUCGCUCUAAUUGCUCUCUGCUGAGAUACUCUGUUGUAAAGAGUAAUUGCGGCGGCACAGUGCGGUGGCAACGUGGUGAUAGGACAGUUUCCCCCAUUUUUCUCGUUUCAAAUAAACCCCUUUGCCUUGGGGAACUCUCGGGCGCUUCAGAAAGCGGCGCUUCGGGGAACGCGGAUUCUUGCGUGUAAUUGCAUUUUAGCGAAAAAGCGAAGAUGCUAUAGUUUGCUUCUGUAGCGAAGGGACUUGCUCAGCAGCAGAGUGUGUCAGAUCGGGUUAGCAGUCGUCUCUUUCCUUAAUAACUUGUUCCCAUCCCCGCCGGGUCAGGGAGAAGGGCUACAGGCAGCUCACUCACUAUGCCUGAUGCAGCACCGGCUGAACGAAGCCCCGCAGGACCCGCUUCCCGCAGCAGGGCAGGAGCGGUUGUUGGGCACCCCGAAACCACCGUGUCACGCCAGCACCCCGCCAGCCUGCUGUCAGGUUUGCCCUCAGCCCCGCAUUAACCUCAACGAACUCGCGCGUCCACCUGGUAGGACCCCUACGGCAGGGUCUCCUCCAGCAGCGGGGUAACUUGAGCGAUUGUUUGGAAUAAGUUUGCCUAAAGGCAGGGUUUUUUUUCAUUAAAUAAAGAAAA